GUGAAAUAAUCGAGCAUGAGGUGGUGAAUCUUCAUGUUCUCAGUUGCAAGGUCUGUAUCUUUGAGACAAAUAUACCUGUUCCUGAUUUCAGCUUCCACUUACUGAUUGUUUCCCUACAAGGUGUAACUGUGAAUGGGCAAUUAAUUGGAGCUCCUGCACCGCCCAACGGCCACAAGAAGCAUCGGACUUACUUCAGCACCAUCACUAUCCUCAACAAUAAGCCAGAGAGAUCUUACCUAGAGAUCACACCCAAAAGAAUCAUCCUGGAUGAUGGGGAAAGGCUUCUUCUGUCCUGUGGUCGGAGGGCUGUUGUGCAAAGCAGCAGCCUCGAGGUGUCCAUCUCUGCCAAUUCCAACAUCACUGUGACGAUACGAGACACCAUCAGCUUUGUCAUCCUCAUCCACCGUUACAAGAAGCCAGCCUCAUAUCAGAGGAGUCACUUGGGGUUCUACAUUUCCAACAGUAAAGGCCUCUCUUCUGUUUCCCAUGGGCUACUGGGUCAGUUCUUGAACCACGAAGUUAAACUUCUCCAGGAAUCUCUAAACACAAGUCAUCAGCAGGUUGGUCAGAAUCAAACGGCAGCACUGCAGCCAAACCCUACCAACACCCUGAAAGUGAAGGGACAGCUCAUUCCUGUGGUGUGGAAGCAGAGGAGGAUCUGCAAUGGCCAGCAGGAAGUUGAGUGCUGGUUUGCCAAAAACAAUGCAGACAAACUGAUCGAUGGGAGCUAUCAAGACUAUUUGGCUUCUCAUCCUUUUGACACAGGGACUAGCUUUGGGACAAGUAACAGCCUUUAAGACGGACCAGAGCCAUGCAUUGCAGCAGCAUGUGUGACAGUGGUUCCCUUCUGAAGCCUCUAGAGCUAGGCAACUUAUGAAUAUUUCUUUACUUUUUGGUGCCAAAGAAACCAAGGCUUUUUGCCCUUGGAAAUCAGCUGUCUCUCUUCCAUGCUAGAUGGAUGUUGUUCAUCAAAUUCCUGAAGACAAGGAGGUUGGGGGG